UUAUUCUAUAAAUAUUUUUAAAGUCAGUCUUUAAAGAAUUUUUCAAUAGAUAGUAAACAUCUAAAUUUAGUGAUUUGUAUGUAAUUUAUUACAUCCCAAGAAUCACUUUAAGCUUUUAACUGUGUAAUUGACUUGAAAAAAAGCUUAUAAACCAUACAGAAUAAUCAAAAUGAGUGAUGUUGAAGACCAUCAUGUUCACUUUAACGUAAUGAAUGACGAUUUCCAAUCCGAUCACACCCACCCAACAAUUCAAAAAGGUCCUCAUGGCAGAAUAAAUGUUCAUCUAGGGUUUUUGCAAAUCAAGCAUCGAUAUCGCAUAGAAUUAAAUAUUCCGGUUGAUAUAUUAGAGCAUUACUGCCACAAAAAUCAUAAAUUAAUUCUCAAGGUCGAAGAAAACUCGGUGCCAAACAUUCAUUGCAAGCUUCUGUCAUUCAAAGGCAAAGAAACAGAUCAAUCUCAAAUUUACGAAGCUGAAUUUGAGUUCUUUGCUCAUAAAGAGAAACUUUUGAAGGAGGAGAUAAAAUUGAUAACUAGUGAUGAAAAGACUGUCAAAUUUUUGUUUCACGCAAGAGUUUUAGGAAGAGGAAAAGGAACACCAAUGCUCAAAGAAGGAAUUCACUUGUUAGGCAUCGAAGAUGACGAAGAAUCUGAUGCUUCUGACUGGCAAGGCUUUUCACGGAAGGAGGCAAACUAAUUUUAGGCAUAAUACUUUGAAUAUUAUUUCACUACGGCUAAAGUGAAAUGUGUUCGACAAAAAACACUUAAUCUACAAAGCAAAACAGAAAUAAAAGAUAAAAAAAAAAUUAAAAUAAAUUUGUCGCCUCUUAAAAAUCUGACAAGUUUGUCCAAGUGCUUAUUUCACAUAACAAUAAGCAUUAUUAAUAUACAUAAAACAAACACUGUAUUCAUUUUUUUUUUAAUGAAAUUCCUACCAAAUAGAUUUAAGCAAUAAGUUGUCACAC